ACUUAUUUUGUUUAAGGUAUUGUGGUUUGGUCUUUGUUACAGCAACUGAACAAUGUACCCUCACGCACAAGGCAUAUGAAGAGGCAAAUAAGACCAGCCUGAAGAACAGGAUUGGAGUUGGAGCAUGGGAGUAAGCUAUAUAAGACUCUAAAAAGGCCUGGAAAGGUAAGCAAAAGGUGUUUACACCUGAUACAGUAAGCAUUAAGAAGCCUAAGCAGCAAAGUGACAUAACAGAAAUCAGUACACUAGGAAAAUCAGUAUAAUGUGUAGAAUGGAUUGGAUCUGAAGGGAGGGAAAGUGAAAAGUAUGACAACCAAUCAGACACCAGGUAUGUUACUCGUAAGUUUCAACUACGAACCUGGGCUGGGAUGGUAUCAAUGAAAAUAUGGUGAAAGGGAUGGCUAUGAAAGGCAUUUGUAAGAACUGCUGAGUUAAUCUGAUGACAGUCUGAAACAAUCAGUGAUUAUUCUAAGAUAUAUGAUCUAAGGGAAUAGAAAAAUGCUGAAAACUCUGGCAGAAAUAAAAAAAUAAAGAGGGCCUGUGUUGGUAUGAAGCACUGAAAAUACAGGUAAGAAAAAAGGCUGGGCGCGGUGGCUCACGCCUGUAAUCCCAGCACUUUGGGAGGCCGAGGUGGGUGGAUCACCUGAGGUCAGGAGUUUGAGACCAGCCUGGCCAAUAUGGUGAAACCCCGUCUCUACUAAAAAUACAAAAAUUAGCCAGAUGUGGUGGCAGGUGCCCGUAAUCUCUGCUACUCGGGAGGCUGAAGCAGGAGAAUCACUUGAACAAGGGAGGCGGAGGUUGCAGUGAGCUGAGAUCCCGCCAUUGCACUCCAGCCUGGGCAACAAGAACAAAACUCCAUCUCAAAAAAAAAAAAAAAGAAAGAAAGAAAGAAAAUAAGCUGCAGAUGGAUUUCAAAUCAUAUAGAAACUUUCCAAGCUUGUUACAAGGUUACAUCUAAAUAAAAGAAAUAUUACCUUAUUAUAUUAAUUUAUAAGACUUGGGUUUCGCUGCUGCGGCCGCAGCCAUGAGUAUGCUCAGGCUUCAGAAGAGGCUCGCCUCUAGUGUCCUCCGCUGUGGCAAGAAGGUCUGGUUAGACCCCAAUGAGACCAAUGAAAUCGCCAAUGCCAACUCCCGUCAGCAGAUCCGGAAGCUCAUCAAAGAUGGGCUGAUCAUCCGCAAGCCUGUGACGGUCCAUUCCCGGGCUCGAUGCCGGAAAAACACCUUGGCCCGCCGGAAGGGCAGGCACAUGGGCAUAGGUAAGCGGAAGGGUACAGCCAAUGCCCGAAUGCCAGAGGUCACAUGGAUGAGGAGAAUGAGGAUUUUGCGCUGGCUGCUCAGAAGUUAUCGUGAAUCUAAGAAGAUUGAUCACCACAUGUAUCACAGCCUGUACCUGAAGGUGAAGGGGAAUGUGUUCAAAAACAAGCGGAUUCUCAUGGAACACAUCCACAAGCUGAAGGAAGACAAGGCCCGUAAGAAGCUCCUGGCUGACCAGGCUGAGGCCCGCAGGUCUAAGACCAAGGAAGCACGCAAGCGCCGUGAAGAGCGCCUCCAGGCCAAGAAGGAGGAGAUCAUCAAGACUUUAUCCAAGGAGGAAGAGACCAAGAAAUAAAACCUCCCCCUUUGCCUGUACAAACUGGCCUCUGUGAUUACAUAGAUCAGCCAUUAAAAUAAAACAAGCCUUAA